UUUUGUGACGCUUUCCUGAAAGGCCUUUGCAAGCGCUAAGUGCAAGAGUUGCCUAAGGCAAAAUACUAAACAAGAAAAGUGGUGCCCGAAUGCUGCAUCGGCGUCCUGCAGCCGCCCUUGUUCGCUCGCACAGACGAAGCGACAUGUCGGCCUACGCCAUCCCCGAGUGGGGUUUGGCGCCGAUGCAACGGCUGCUGGCCUUCCUGGUCGCCUGCAGCAACUUCUUCCUGGCGCUAAACACAGUUGGAUCGGCAUUCGUCCUGCCCGGGGGUUUGUCCUUCCGAUGUGGAAACAACUCGUCGGACGAUCCCUGCGAAGUCCUGCGGCGGGGUGGUUGCAACCGGGUGGAGUUUGAGUAUUCGGUCGUAUACGGUGCCCACACGGCGGUGAACGAGUUUCAGCUGGUAUGCGACCGGCGCUGGUUGGCAGCUUCGUGCCACUGCCUGGCAAUGGCGGGACUAGCGCUGGGCGCGCUCGCUUUCGGCCGCAUCGCCGACCGAUGGGGUCGGCGCGUCGCGCUGCUCUGGGGCGCCGGAGUGCACGCCGCCGGCAGCCUGGCCGCGGCGGCCGCUCCCAGCGCCGCAGUGUACGCCUUCUCCAGGCUGGUCACCUCGCUGGGCGCCGCGUCGGCGCCCUCCCUGGACGUGCUGCUGGUAGAGUCGUUGGUGCCUGCGUUGCGCUGCACGGACACCGCGGCCGUCUCGCUUGGCUUCUCACUGGGCGCCAUCUGCGCCGCCUGGCUCACCCCGACGUUGUCCACGUGGCGCAGCCUACAUGCACUCAUGCUCGUCUAUGCGGCCAUCGUGUUCGCCUGCACGGGCCUCCUGCCAGAGUCGCCCCGCUGGCUGCUGAGCCGCGGGCGCCUCGAGGAUGCCCGCGCCGCUGUUCGCCGCACGGCUCGCUUCAACGGGUUGCCCCGUGGAAAGGUGCAACUGCUCGUGCACGGAUUGGGCUGCGAGGAAGGCGAUGCGGCUCCGCAACAACACAUCUUCCAGUCGUGCAAACUGCGUUCCUACACAAUCUUCAUGUGGUUUCAGGGUGCCGCCCUGGGCAUGUCCUACUACAGCUCAUCGCUGACCAGCACCGAAAUUGGCAGCAGGCCACAGCUGGACUUCUCGCUGCUGCACAUCGUCGAGCUGGGCUGCAACCUGGUCGGCUGCGCGGUGGUGAGCCGGCUGCCCCGCCGCCUAUCACUGACCCUGCUAGCGCUGGCCCUUGCUGCUGCGCAUGCACUGCUAGCGCUCGCCGCGGGUCGCUACGCGCUCCAUCUAGCUUCUGCAGUGCUCGUCAAAGGACUGGUGAGCUCGCAGGUGCUGCUAUGCAUGCUGCACGUGCAGGAGUCGUACCCGACAUGCGUGCGCGCGUUGGGCGUGAGCGCAUUCCAGUGCGUCUGCUGGGCAGCCGCAUCGUUGGAGCCGUUUGCCCGCGUCGCACUCGGCCGACAGCUGCCAGUGGCAUACGCGGUCGUGCUGGCAGCGUGGGCCGUGGGCGCUCCGUUCCUGCUGCCUGAGACGCUCAGCGCCAGCCUUGACGGACGAGAGCAGCGGCCGACAGAGGGCGACGAUGAGCCCUGCCAGCGGCACAACGUUGAGAGGUUCUGAGCACAUUGAGUGCUCGUGCACAAACAUUUCUUAGCAACAAAAUAAAAUAGGAGCGAAGCUAGGGCUCGUACCGCGUGAAACGUCGGUGCCGCUGAACCACCGACAGCCACGUCACGAGGCCAGUGGUGCAGCCGUGCCCGAAGCGUUUCUCGGGUGCAUGGUUGGAUGUGUGGAAGCGCUGGCCUUCUACAAGGACUUACGAGCAUGAGCAGCAGUCGGAUGGAUGGAUGUUAUGAGCGUCCGCUUCGGAACGGGGCGGUGUGUUGCGCCACCAAGCUCUUGCUAUUAUACUGCCUAAUGUCCUACCUAGGUUAAACAAUGAAAAAAGAAAAACAAAACACUAUGAACUACCACGCCCAAAUUUUCUGAUCCCCUAUUGCGAACUGUGCUUUUGUACGUCUCCGUCAUUUGUCGUUUCCCUACUUUUCUUCCACCAAUCCUGCAAUCACGUCUUACUAAUGCCUAUUACGGACAUAUUUGCUUUACCACUGCUCCCGCUGAACCCAAGGGCUUCAAGGAGGCCAGUGGUGCCUAAAUCGACCGCUGGGUAGACGUCUUCACAUUCCAAUAA